CGGUGGUUGCCGUUUGGCCAUCGACUCGCGCGAAUCUUACCCCAUGACUUGACAUUAUCGCGCCUUCCUCGACCCUUUCAUGUACUUAAUUUUUCUUUUUUCUUUUCUUUUUUUUUUUUUCAAGAAAACUCGUGGUUGACGGUUUACUUGUCACUUUUUGCUUUUCACCCCCUUACGAAUGUCGAGAGACAUAGGGUUGAGCACGUAACACGCACAUGUUACGUGUGUACUGGUAUCGUCAAUGAGGAGGGAAAUUUUUUUUUUUUUUUUUUUGUUCCCUCAAGUGGGUGCCCCCGUGAUGUGGUCAUGUGUGCGUAUGUGUCUGUCAUGUGAUUGGUGACGAGUACAAAGGGUUGGGUGGUGGAAUCUUCUUUUCUUUUUUGUUUUUCCGACUAAUGAACAAUUUCAUUGAAAAUCGGAAAAAAGUGCGGAUGGCGUUGUAAAGCAUCGACGGACGAUUGACAAGCGAGGACUCGUAAAUUUGGUUUCGCCACUGGUCACCUACGAGCUCCCCUUGGAUCGUUCGUUACUUAAUGUGGAGAAGCGUUGAUUGAAAACAGCCGAUCCAACCCCGAUCCCCGCGACAUCUCGACAAAAGUCACCCGAGCACAUAUGGCAGAGCAGCAGCACAAGGGAAUACAUAUACAGAAAAGCUCGAGCUAUGACCGGCGACGAUGACGCGGCGUCGUUAACAGCGUCGCAUCGUCACCGGCAGUUACUUCGUCCGUCACCCGUGGGGUCGGGAGGAAAAAGGAUGCGCCGGUGCAGGACAAAGAGGCUCGCCGGCUCCGAAUACCGUCGCCGAGUCGCGGGAUCCCGGGAUACCCCGGCGAUCUCCACCACGUGAUGGUACCGAGGAAGGGGUAAACUCGAGGAGGACCAUGCCGGGGAUCGUGGUGUUCAGGAGGCGCUGGAGCGUCGGCAGCGACGACCUCGUCGUGCCUGGUGCCUUCCUUUUUUUCCUCCACCUCGUUUGGUUGAUAAUAUUGGCUGUCCUGUUGUACAUGCUAGAAUGGGACCUGAACGUCCAAUGCGUCCUCCUGCUCUGGGAGUACGUGAUCGGCUACAUAAUCUUAUUCCUCGUAUCGAUGGCCAUCGAGCUCUCAAUGUGCGUGCUGGCGACACGCGGCAGCAUACUCAACACCCUCGCCCGCGCGCCCAUGCAAUACGUACUCUACGCACGACUGUUUUUUUUACUGGUAGAGGCGGCACUCCUCGGGGCCGGGGUGACUUGGCUGACGAGGUUCUACCACUCCUGUCCUGUACAUAGAGGCAAAGACGUGAUGUUAACUCUGGUGAUAUCGAACUGGUGCGUCCUGGUUUUGAUAAUGAUAACCGUGUGGUGCGUUUACGACGCGGCGGGCAGAUCUUGGGUCAAGAUGAAGAAGUACCAGCGCAGCAUGCGCGAGGCCGAGUACAGGACCAAGGCGCACUACAAGCGCAGCGGCAGCAACCGCAACUGGCGACAACGAAAAGUGAUACGCGCCUACCAAGACAGCUGGGACAACAGAUGCAGGAUACUGUUCUGCUGCAUAGGAAAAUCCGAUAGGAACAGAAACUCCUUUGCGGACAUAGCCCAGCUGUUGAGCGACUUUUUUCGCGACCUGGACGUGGUGCCGUCCGACGUGAUAGCCGGGCUGGUGCUCAUGCGGAAAUUCCAAAAAAUCGAGCGCGAGCUCAUAGUCAAGCAGCGCAAAAACGACACGUACGAGUUCCUGUCGGGGGUGCCGAUAACGCCCCGCACCAAGUUCCUCUCCCUCACCGAGGACGGUGACCUCGGGCACUUUCAGUCCGCCAUCCACUACAUGCACUUUGCCCUCGCGGCCUACGGCUGGCCGCUAUUUCUCAUCAAUCAGUCCAGCGGCGUGUGCCACCUGUGCACCAGACUUAGGUGCUGCUGUUUCCCAUGCACGAGGCGCAACGACGACGCGACAAUCGUCGAGGACAACUGUUGCCUGUGCAACUACGCGACCAUCCGCAAAAUGGUCGAGAUCGGCGAGAUCGAGGUCGUGUACGCGACCUUUCACGUGGAUGUUGGCGAGACGCCCUUCUUCGUCGCUCUCGACUACACGAAAAAAAAGGUGGUGGUGAGCAUAAGGGGCACACUGAGCAUGAAGGACGUGAUGACGGACCUGAACGCGGACAGCGAGGCUCUGCCGUUGACGCCGCCCCGGGAAGAUUGGCUCGGCCACAAAGGAAUGGUCCAGGUGGCCGAGUACAUCCGCAAGAAGCUCCACGACGAGGGGAUCAUCGCCAAAGCUUUGGAUAAGAACCCCUCGCGAGGUACGCGCGACUUUGGUCUAGUUCUGGUCGGUCACUCGUUGGGCGGCGGUACCGCCGCCAUCCUGGCGAUCCUAAUGCGCCAGGACUACCCGGAUCUCGAGUGUUUCGCUUACGCGCCACCGGGUGGCCUGCUCAGCAUGCCCGCCCAGGAGUACAGCCAGGAGUUCAUCACGUCCGUCGUCGUCGGCAAGGACGUCAUACCCAGGAUAGGCCUCAGACAAAUGGAGAGCCUCAGGGCCGACCUUCUCAACGCCAUCAAGAGGAGCGUCGAUCCCAAGUGGAAGACGAUAACUUGUUCGGUAAUGUGCUGCGGUUGCGGGGCCAUGCCGACCUCGGCGGCGAACCUCGAGGCCGAGGGCAGCAUCAGCGAGUACCAGCGGGAAAAGGACCUCGCUCGCUCCGAGGCCAUCGUAUCCACGGAGUCGUGCACCGCCCUCACGCUGCACCGGCCGCUUUAUCUCCCCGGCAGGAUCAUACACGUCGUCAGGCAUCACCCGAACAAGGGAGAGCAAAUCUUGAAAAAGCACGAGCCGGUCUACCAAGCGCUGUGGGCCGACCCGGGCGACUUUGACGAGGUCCUGAUAAGCCCAGUGAUGAUCCAGGACCACAUGCCGGACAACAUGCUCAAGGCCCUGAACAAGGUGUUGGAGCACAGGGAGAUAUGCGCGGAGCUGUCCGCAACUGCACCAGUAGCGACGACAAUUGUUCCGACGACAACGACGACGACGACGACGACGACAACAGUGACGCUCGACGUCGCGGCGUUGGAAAGGACAACGACGACGACGAACAACAACCGCGUAACCGCGACGGUGCAACCGCAGUCGCCUACAAUGGACUCCGGCACAAGAUCUCAUCGGGCCGAUUGGAGCCGACUGGCCCCGCUGGCUACCCCGGAAACGAUGUCCGAGUCGUCCAACAGCGCACCCCCGUCGCCCCUGCCAAGCUGCCAGCGGCCAAUGAUGCGCCGCACCCCAAAGAUCAGCGGCAAUCUCUCGACUGCGGCGGACGAUCUCAAGAACAACAUUCACUUUGCGAUGCUCUCGGCCAAGAAUUACUACUCGAGACAGGAGCGACACGUGAAUAGCAGCGCGAGCAGUGCCAGCAGCGGCUGCGCCAUCAACUCCGAGGCUUCCUGUAGCUUCGAGAGCACCAAGAGCAUGGCUAGUCAGCAACAGGUGGCCCUGCCACCAGUGCCCCGCAGAGGGGACUCUGUGCUCGUCAACAGAGAGCACAGUAAGCCGUGCACGUCGAGCUGCUGCAGGGACGACUUGUCGGACAACAACUCGUCGCCCAACACCUCCUCGGGGAUACCGCGCCGCGUGCAGAUCGACUUCCCAGAAGAGGACAACGGCUCGAGUCUCGAUUUCUACGAGACCAAGGCAACAAAGGACAGCAGCAACGAGGUGUUUCUCAGCGUGCGAAGCUCCCCGGAGUGCAAGGGCCUCAUGCACCCGGCGACCGAUUUGGGAGCCGAGUGGCGUCGUAACAGCGGCAAAAUCGGCGAGGCCGCGCCCGAUCUCUCCCUACCCCUCCUCCGUGGACUGUCUCCCACGCCCCAGACGGCGGCCAACCAGCAUCACGCCAACUCGCCCUUCUUCAAUGCCAAGCGCAAAAAAUACGUCUACCCGAUUACUUUGGUCAGUCGGGGCGAGAGCAGCGUUUAGACUUUCGUUGGCACGCGGGAGCUACCGGUCUUUUGGCCUGAAAAUCCGGGCAAACUAGUGGCAAUUACGAGAUUAUCGAGUUUUCUCGAGAAAAUUCGUACCCAUGGUUUUUUUUUCUUUUCUUUUCUUUUCUUUUUUUUACGAAUUAUCAUUUCACUGUUGAAAAAUCUUUGUGUUCUAUACCGUUACUGCAUUUCAUUGUGGCAAUGAUCAAGGAUGUAAGCCUUGGCACACGCCAAAUCGCUAAUUUACGUUAUUGAUACCAAUAUUUUUUCUACAAAAAGCUUGUCGAUCGAAAAAUGUUGGAAAACUAUACUGUUCGAUCCGUACGAAAUUUUGCUAAAAUCACUAAUUUCCAAAGUAUCUUUCUUAAGUGCGUAAAAACACGAUAAUCAAUUUACCCUAAAGUUUUAUCAAAUCAGAGUAUUCAAAACUAAUUUAUUUUGUAACAAAAAUCAUCGAGUUUUAUUUGUAUUAAACAUAACUUAAAAUUUGUGUAUGAUCGAUGUAAAAAAAAUACUGUUUACGUUUUUCGGUCCCAAGAUUGAAACAACGCCGAUUGUGUUUGUAUAACGACAACAAAAUACUUAAUUUUCAUAUUUUUCAAAGCAAAGACAAGAUUUUUUAUUAAUAUCGUAACGUCGUAUUUUGUGCCAGUCCUUUAUUUUUAAUAUUAACUAUAUUAAUGAGAACAUCAAUAAUAGCGCUAUGAUGAUGAACCAAGAGUGAUACCGUCAUAAAUGAUAAUGUGUUUCGCGUCGAGCUGUGAUUUUAUCAACUAUACAACUAACUAAUACACCUAUUUUAGCUUUUUUGUUUUACUAUUUUUAUGUCUUUUUUAUUUAUUUACUUUUUUUUUUUUUUUUAUUAAUACUUGUGAAAAGGGAGUGUGUGCAUGUACUAUGUACUUGGUGAGAAACGAAUUUCGAAACAACUAAUUUUUUAUGUAUGUACAUACGUUUAUUCUCUUAAAGUCAAAGUGAUUAUACUAUCUGACAAGCGUAAAUUAUGCGAAAAAAACUUUGCGUCAAUUAUUAUGGUACGUCAAGUUUUUCAAACAAUUAGUAGGUGAUUCCACGAUACUAGUCAUUAUACAUGCAUCCUCAUCGAACAUAAAUUUUUUGAUGAUAUCGAGCAUGAAUAGAUAAUUUAGAACGAAAGUUUUUAAAAAUAUCAAAGUAGAGAGUAUGACGUCGUGCCAAUUCAGCAUAAGUAUUUGUUAUUACGAAAUUGUCAUUUUAAUAUAGAAAAUCAUAUGUGACUUUGAGAUAGUUUAUAAUACAGCGUACAUACGCUACUAUUUGGAACAAAAAAUAUUU